ACUAAUAUAAUGGUUUAUGUGCAGCCAAUUUCGUCCAUGGUUGUCUCUCGAAAUUUUCGUCUAAUUAGAUCUUAAUUCAUGUUAGAUUCCUGCCAAAUAUAUCAAUAAUUAAAUAAUACAGGAUAUGUUGAAACUAUCUUUGUUAAUUUUGUAAAUGGAAGCUGUUGUUAAUGGUCAAGCGUGCGUUUGCUUAUUUUUUGUUUUAAGUAGUAUCAAUAAUAGGAGAAUUUGAUUUAAUAAUAAUAAGAAUAAACAAGUUAAUUAAUCUAUUUUAUUUUUUAGAUAACCUUUUUGUGAUACAUGUAUAAUCUAAUAAUUUAUCGAUUUGAUUCUGCAUUUAGUAGGCGGAACCAUACAACAACUAAUUUUAAACUAUUUAUCGAUAUAUAAGCAUUAGAAUUAUUGUUAAUGUGUACUAAAUAAUAAUAUAGAAUUCAUCACUACAAAGUUAAAUAUAAUUAAAAAUUGGCCUAAAAAUCUUACAUUAGGCUGAAUUAGAUUAUACCCAAUUGUGUGCUUGUUUUUUAUCAAAGUGAGACUAUCAAGAGUCAGAGCUAUUUUAAUUACAUUUUGUCUUUGGCUAUUGUAACGAAUAAGAUCUUAAAUUAAAAAUAGAACUUCCAUUUUUAAAUGAAAAAGAUCAAUAUUGAUUAAAAUCAAAUGUUUAUUCAUAUUAUUUUUUUAAAGCAGCUGCCAACAUUUGAAGCCAUUUAGUUUUUAAAUAUUUUUUGAAUUCUACAAACUAUGGCAGAGAAAUGUGUCUUAGUAACUGGUGGAUCUGGCUUUAUUGGAAGCCACACCGUCAUUGAACUUUACAAGGCUGGAUAUACCGCUGUGGUUGUUGAUAAUUUAAUCAACUCUGUUGAAGAGAGUAUCAAUCGUGUCAGAGAGAUUGUUGGUCAGAAUUUCCCCUUCUACAAAGUUGAUAUACAAGAUAAGGAUGGUUUAAUUGAGAUUUUUCAAAAGCACUCUUUCAUCUGUGUGAUUCAUUUCGCUGGAUUAAAAGCAGUUGGCGAAUCUGCAGAAAAACCACUUAAAUAUUACAAGAAUAAUAUAACUGGAACUAUCACUCUUUUAGAAGUUAUGGAACAAUUUAAUCAGCAAUCUCUAAUCUUUUCAAGCUCUGCAACUGUAUACGGAAAUCCUCAAUAUCUACCGCUAGAUGAGAAACAUCCUGUGGGCGCUUGCACGAAUCCGUAUGGUAAAACAAAGUACUUUAUUGAGAACAUUCUGCAAGAUAUGGCUGCAGCAAAUGAUAAAUGGCAAUUUACUCUUUUAAGAUAUUUCAAUCCAAUUGGUGCACAUGAAUCAGGAAAAAUAGGGGAAGAUCCCCAAGGACCCCCUAAUAAUCUAAUGCCUUAUGUGGCUCAAGUUGCAAUAGGUAAACGUCCUUUUUUGAGAGUCUUUGGCAACGACUAUGAUACGAAAGAUGGAACAGGCGUUAGGGAUUAUAUUCACGUCGUGGAUCUGGCUCAGGGUCAUGUGAAGGCUCUUAACCAAUUGAGCAGUGGCUGUAAAGUAUACAAUUUAGGUACUGGCCAGGGUUAUAGUGUUUUAGAUAUGGUGGAGGCUUUAGAAAAAGUAAGCCAAAGAAAAAUUAAGUACGAAAUUCACGAAAGAAGAUCGGGUGACGUAGCUAAUGUAUGCGCCGAUCCAUCAUUAUCCGAGAAAGAGCUUGGUUGGAAAACAAAGAAAGAUUUGAAUGAUAUGUGCAAAGACUUAUGGAAUUGGCAAAGUCAAAAUCCAAAUGGAUUUAGAUCCGAGUGA